UUUAUUUAGAUUUUCGAUUCAUAACGGUUCUAAGGCCUACCGGAAAAUAUAAAAAAUACAAAUUCGCUAAAACUAAUUUUUCAAACAGUGCGAUUUAAAUUUGCCAUUUAUCGGUUAUAGAAACAAAAAAAAAAACAAAAAUACCAAAAAAUGAAAAAUUUAAUAUUUUUGGCCGCGUUGUUGUUCGUGGUUAGUAGUGGUAGUGCCGAUAUUCUCGAAGAGAAUCCAUGUAAACUUCCCGGUUUCUUUGCGAUAAAAGAUAAUAGCCCCGUUUUCUAUGGUUGUUACGCUAAUAAAUAUGGUGGUUUAACAUUGAAAUAUUUGACCUGUCAAAAGGGUGAAGUGUUUAGCUCUAUGAGAGGCUUUUGUGUUCCUAAAACGACUUUAAAUCAAAUAAAUGAUGAAAACGAAACUACAAAUGCACCAGAUGUUGAGAAACCCACAAUUCCCACCGAACCUACAAAUGGAGAUGUAGAAAGUCCCACAAUUCCUACAGAAGCUACGCCAUCACCUGGAGAAGUGGAAAAUCCUACAAUUCCCACGGAAGCAACUCCAGCACCAGGUGAAGUGGAAAAUCCGACUAUUCCUACAGAGCCAACCGAAGCUCCUGUAACAGGAAAACCAGAAACUGAAGCUCCUGAAACAGAAAAACCAGAAACCGAAGCUCCUGCAACAGAAAAACCAGAAACUGAAGCUCCUGAAACAGAAAAACCAGAAACUGAAGCUCCUGCAACAGAAAAACCAGAAACUGAAGCUCCUGAAACAGAAAAACCAGAAACUGAAGCUCCUGCAACAGAAAAGCCAGAAACUGAAGCUCCUGAAACAGAAAAACCAGAAACAGAAGCUCCUGAAACAGAAAAACCAGAAACCGAAGCUCCUGAAACGGAAAAACCAGAAACUGAAGCACCAGAAACUGAAGCUCCUGAAACAGAAAAACCAGAAACCGAAGCUCCUGCAACAGAACAACCAGAAACUGAAGCACCAGCAACUGAAGCUCCUGAAACAGAAAAGCCAGAAACUGAAGCUCCUGAAACAGAGAAACCAGAAACCGAAGCUCCUGAGACUGAAGCACCAGAAACCGAGGCACCAGAAACUGAAGCUCCUGAAACUGAAGCUCCUGAAACUGAAGCUCCUGAAACUGAAGCUCCUGAAACAGAAAAACCUGAAACUGAAGCUCCUGAAACCGAAGCUCCUGAAACAGAAAAACCAGAAACUGAAGCUCCUGAAACUGAAGCCCCAGAAACUGAAGCUCCAGAAACUGAAGCUCCUGAAACUGAAGCCCCUGAAACCGAAGCUCCUGAAACUGAAGCUCCUGAAACCGAAGCUCCUGAAACUGAGGCUCCUGAAACUGAGACUCCUGAAACCGAAGCUCCUUCCACUGAAGCACCAGCAACCGAAACUCCAGCAACUGAAACACCAGAAACCGAAGCUCCUGAAACUGAGGCUCCUGAAACUGAGACUCCUGAAACCGAAGCUCCUUCCACUGAAGCACCAGCAACCGAAACUCCAGCAACUGAAACACCAGAAACCGAAGCUCCAGAAACUGAAACUCCUGAAACCUCAACACCUGGAGACGGUGAAGUUACAACUGACAUUCCUGUUCAUGAUUUUGUUUGUCCUACAACCGGAUUUUUCCCUCAAGAUUCCAGCUGUACCGAAUUUAACUAUUGUUGCGAAAUUGACGGUGAAUUAAAAGCAUUUAGACGCCACUGUCCUGAAGGUCAAAACUUCUAUCCCAUAGGAGGAUAUUGCACUGCCAACUACGACUGCAAAAUUAAACCAACUGAUGUCCCUGUUACUGGAACCACAGAAACUCCUGAAACAACUGAUGUCCCAGUAACUCCUUCCACUGAAGCACCAGCAACCGAAGCUCCUUCCACUGAAGCUCCUUCCACUGUAGCUCCUUCCACUGUAGCUCCUUCCACUGAAGUUCCUUCUACUGAAGUUCCUUCCACUGUAGUUCCUUCUACAGAAGCUCCUUCCACUGAAGCUCCUUCCACUGAAGUUCCUUCCACUGUAGCUCCUUCUACUGAAGCUCCUUCCACUGAAGCUCCUUCCACUGAAGCUCCUUCCACUGAAGUUCCUUCUACUGAAGCUCCUUCCACUGAAGCUCCUUCCACUGAAGCUCCUUCCACUGAAGAUCCUUCCACUGAAGCUCCUUCCACUGAAGCUCCUUCCACUGAAGUUCCUUCAACUGAAGCUCCUUCUACUGAAGCUCCUUCCACUGAAGCUCCUUCCACUGAAGUUCCUUCUACUGAAGCUCCUUCAACUGAAGCUCCUUCCACUGAAGUUCCUUCAACUGAAGUUCCUUCCACUGAAAAACCAGCAACCGAAGCCCCAGCAACGACAGCUCCUGAAACCGAGAUACCAGAAACAGAGGCUCCAUCUACUACAGCUCCUGAAACCGAAAAACCAGAAACUGAGGCUCCUUCUACCGAAGCGCCAACAACUAUAGUCCCUGAAACUGAAGCUCCGGUAACUACAGCUCCUGAAACCGAAAAACCAGAAACUGAAGCUCCCGCUACCGAAGCUCCAGCCACUAAAGUUCCUGAAACUGAAGCUCCUGAGACCGAAAAACCAGAAACUGAAGCCCCAGCAACUACAGCUCCUGAAACCGAAAAACCAGAAACUGAAGCUCCUGAAACCGAGAAACCUGAGACCGAAACUCCCGCUACCGAAGCCCCAGCCACUAAAGUCCCUGAAACUGAAGCUCCAGCAACUACAGCACCUGAAACCGAAAAACCAGAAACCGAAGCACCUGAAAAAGUGGCUCCUCAAAUCGCCAAAUCUAAUGAAUUCGUAUGCUCAUUUGAGGGCACAUUCCCUCAUGACAACGAUUGCUCCAAAUACUACAAAUGCAAAUGGGAUAAAACUAUUGAAAAUUAUCUGGUCGAAAUCAAACAGUGUGCAGAAAAACAGGUCUACAACACCAUAACUGCUAGAUGUGGUCGUGAAGGCAUUAUAACUUGUAUGGGACGUCCAGAAAACUCCAAAUUUAUUAGACUGUAAAUUUUCGAAAAUCUAAUUAGUUUUAAACGAACGAAUUUGUAUUAACCAUGUACAAGGAUUUUUAAAGAAAUUCCGUUAAUACCAAUAAAAAAAUCUUUAUUAUUUUUGUAAAAAAAA